AAGUGGCUAGUGUACGGCAAGACGUUAAGGAUUUACGAAUUGCCAUGCUUAGAGAGUUUGCAAGUUUGGACACCAAGCUUGAUACGUUAAUGAAGCACCAAGGAGUGGGAGUUAGUGCUGACGGGUUGGGAGAUGGGAUGGACGGUCAAGGGGAUGAAAAUAAAGGAGAGUAUGGUCCCGAUGCGACCCCCAUUGAUAGACAGUCACAGCCAUAUGUUGACGACCUUGCAGGACCAAAUGUUACGAUUAUUGAGAAAGUGUCUCCAUCAAAGUUUCCUGCCGGGAGACGUGCAAGAAAGGUAGCAGCUGCUAAGCAAAACAUAGAUAUUGGGAGGAGGGAUAGGAAGGCGGCAGCAGCUAUUACAACUCCUUAUAGUGUCGGAGGCUUGCGGAAAAAACUAUAGCGCACUUUACCUGGUGCAUCUUCUACUUUGAAGUUCGACCCAUACAAACCAGUACCUACGCGACUUGUAAAAAAUUUUGACAAAUUUAUGAAGUCUGGUUGGGCAUCAAAGGUUGAUAUGGACAUUUUGACUGCGGGUAAAGACUUUUUCCAGUUGCUUAUAAACAGUGAGAAGUGGCUGAAUCACGAUCAUAUGGAAGUCCUGCCUUACCUAUUUCGUGUACGUGCCAAUCAAUUUCCUGAUAUUUUUUAUCCUAGUUUUGAGGUGCUAGAUGGAGAAUUUUGGGUAAGUAACGGCCAGGUGUCCUAUAUGUGGCUAUUGUGAUUUUAGAUAACUAAUAAAUUAUUUUGUUGUAGGUAUACAUUGAGCAAUGUCAUGGAAAGUUCAUCGACAAUCCAUCUAAGUUCCAAUUCUCAUACGCAAUGCAAGAAUAUGUGCUGGGGAUUCGAAUGAAGGAGUCCAAGCCAUGGAAAUACGUAAAUCAUUUGUUGAUUCCACUAAACAAGCGCAACAUACAUUGGGUGGUAGGGCACGUGGACUUAAAAGAGCGUCGCAUGACUGUAUAUGAUUCAGAUAAGGCUGGUAACCGAUACAAGGGACAAAUUUAUUUCCAGAAAUUAUGCAUAAUGUUACCAUAUUUACUGCGGUCUGCAUCCUUUUAUGAGCAGUGGCCGGAUCUUGUAGACUCCGUUGACGAGUUUACAUGUGAAUUGGCACAAAAUACCCCUCAGCAAAGUAACGGUGGUGACUGUGGCAUAUUUACACUCAAGACCAUCGAAUUCUUACAUGCUAGAUUACCAUUGACAUUCACACAAGAUAACAUGGAGUUCUUUAAGAAGAAGUAUGCAUAUGAGGUUUACAACAAAGAACUUAGCAUAUGAGCUGCGUGGUGAUGCUUUUUUCUUUCCUUUUUUCAUGUUUAUAGAUGCAUAUUAUUUAUUAUAUUUGACUUUUAAUUGUAAAUAUAAUGGUGGCUUAUAAUGUUCAUUUAACAAAGAUAACAAUGUGGUAUUGAUGUAAUGAUAAGUAAUUGACCUUAUAGGAAAUGUGCCAUGUUUAUUUAUUAGA